CGAGCUGGGUGGCCACUCGCGCGCGUGCUGGGGGAAUCCUCCUCCGCGGGGUCGCCUGGCGUCUCCAUAGGGCAGAAAGGUCGACUCUAGCCUUUAUUAGUUAAUUGCUCGUCGUCAGAGGCUGUAGCAGUUCCUUUUGUUUUUUAAAGCCGGCGUUAAGCUUCAGAAUGGACAGCAAGCAAGGCUGCUGUUGCUGGAAUGAGUGCGUGAAUCGAGGAAUUGUCUGCAGAGUCAGAGCAAGGCGGGUUUUGCGUCCAGCCUGGUAGAAAGCGCCAGGCUCUGCAACAUCCUUUUGGAGGUGAAAUAACUUCUUGAAGCCAUGGGCACAUGAUGUCACUGGACCACGCUGUUGCUAGAAGCUACUGUGCUGGUAUUGCAUCCACACUGCAUGAGUGAGAGAAGCUACUGUACCUCAAUAGGUGGGAGCACUUGGAGCAAAGUCUCAGAAGAUGAUCUCCAUGUUCAGUUUAGACACUGAAGACAGCCAGACACAUUGCAAUAGGCCCUGCUACUUGGACCCUUGGAUUGUAAAUCUUCUGCUGGAGUACGACGAGUCUGGAACCGGAGAAGAUGGCCAACUUGGUCAUGUCCUGAAGGUUUUAAACGAGGGAAGGGCUCUACAUCACGAUGAGCAGCACCCAGCAGCUGUUCUGUGUAUCGCAGAUGGGCAUCACUAUAUCCAAGUGGAUGUUACGACCAAAGCUGUUCAGAUGUCAAAAGGCUCUCUACCCCAACCUGGUUUUUCCAGUAUUGUUGGCCAAUUCAUCGUCCUGCAGAAUUAUAGGGUUUGUUUUAAAGAGGCAGCCAAAGUGGAGGAUUGUCAAUUUUACCUCGUGCUUGAUUGUUUCCGUGUGAUGCCCAUGAAGAGGCAGAAAAUGAGAAUGCAGGACUGUAAUCGAGAGCCAUCAGUGCUGGAGAAGAUAAAGGAAUUGUGGCAGAAAAGCUUUGCCCUGCAGCCCUGGUCCAGCUCAGAGCCAUCAUCUGUUUCUGAUGUACUGAGAGAGAUAAAGCAGGAUCGACUCAGCACUUUGAAACAAAAUGCCAAGGACUGUCUCACUUUAUCAAACCCCAGCAAGCUGUUGGAUUCUGAGCAGUUGGCUGUAUAUCCUGACACCAAAUGGCAGGUGGAACGCAAGCAUGAUAAGAUGCAUCAGGAUACCUUUACAAUCCCAGCCAAGCUAUUGGUGAUCAGUGCAGAAAAUGAAGCGUUACUUUGCAAGUCGUAUCCACAAAGGCUUUCUCGAUCUGUUCCUGAAAGUGCUCAAGAUGAUGAUCGCAGUACUAUAUCUUUUUUCAGUGCGGAAUCUGAAAGUCUGGAUGGUUCCUUAGAAAACCCUUGGGACAUAUUUCCAGGAAUGACUUUGUCCACUUCCAGUGGCACAUCCAGUACACCACACAGCUUUCCCCCCCCACAGCAUGUGUUCUUGGCUCAUACAGCUGAGGAAGAAGAGAUUCCAUGCUCCAACAGCUGCACUCCAGAUUUGCUGGAGCCUCAUGCUCAUAUGUCUCACUGUAGUUCUGGCCAGGGUGAGCCAAUAGAGAUGGUUUCCUCAUCACUGCUUUCUUUGCACAACAAUACAUCUCUCAAGAAAUCUGUGAAUCGGGAAUCCAGCACUGUUGCAUUGAACACUGCACAUCAUGUCAGCAAAAAUCCAGAUACUGAUGAAACCAUUUCCUGUGGCCAGCCACUGAGGAAUUCACAUUCCCAAACUAGUAUGUGCCUUCUCUCUCCUGUCUAUCCUCCAGUUAGAAGAGACCCCUCUCUUGGGCCCUUGUCUGAAAAUAUGGAGGUGAAUAUGGAGGAAGACCAUCUGGCCCAUUUGCAGAGGGAUAAGGUGGUUGUGAGAGAAGCUGGGGAGAAAUUCCUGGAUAAAGACAUGAAAUGUGUUUCAGCUAAAAGGAAACAGAAGGUUCCAGAUGAGGAGGAGACUUUUUCUGAUCCUGGGUGUACCAGUUUGAAAGCUCUAGGGCAGCAUUCUGCUGUGGCCUUUCUAGAAUCCAGUAAGCUAGAAAAGGUAGCUAUGAGUAAGCCCAAAAAAAGCCGGAUCGAGGAGCUGCAAGUCCAACAACAUCUGGUAUCGGCCCAAGGCAAAAAAGGGAAGGAGCAGGGAGCCACAGUAGUCAUCCUUAGAAGACCAGAAGAACAGCUUGGAGUGCAGCAGCGGGAGUGUGUGGCAGGAGCCCCUUUUCAUAUUACAUAUCCUCCACCAACAUCUGAACUCUGCUCCCAAGUGCGCUCUACAAGGAUCUCAAGAGCAUUGCUAGAAUGGGCACGAUGGGUUUUCAGCAGCACACAGAAGCAGUAGUCUUUGCUGAAGUUGCUUAUUCAUCUCAGGUUGGAUUUUUCAAGUCACUUUUGCCAUAUUAAAAUGAUUUGUU